GCUAGACGACACGAUUUACGAGAGUAUAAAAGUCUCAGCUAGUUUGUUAAAGUCUUCAAAUUUAGAAGCCUUCUUAAGGGAACUUUGGCUGUUUUGAGAAAAGAUGAACCUCUUUCUUUUGGCAGUAGUUUUUGUGGCUUCAGCCUCGGCCAACGUCAUUCGAGAUAAACAGAACAUCUGCUUUCACGUAGGUGGAGUCGAAAUUUGUGGAGAUCCAUCCAUUAGUGGCAAAAGAGAUGAACAGAGCAUCUGCUUUCACGUAGGUGGAGUGGAAAUUUGUGGAGAUCCAUCCAUUAGUGGCAAAAGAGAUGAACAGAGCAUCUGCUUUCACGUAGGUGGAGUCGAAAUUUGUGGAGAUCCAUCCAUUAGUGGCAAAAGAGAUGAACAGAACGUCUGCUUUCACGUAGGUGGAGUCGAAAUUUGUGGAGAUCCAUCCAUUAGUGGCAAAAGAGACGAACAGAGCAUCUGCUUUCACGUAGGUGGAGUCGAAAUGUGUGGAGAUCCAUCCAUUAGUGGCAAAAGAGAUGAACAGAGCAUCUGCUUUCACGUAGGUGGAGUCGAAAUUUGUGGAGAUCCAUCCAUUAGUGGCAAAAGAGACGAACAGAGCAUCUGCUUUCACGUAGGUGGAGUCGAAAUUUGUGGAGAUCCAUCCAUUAGUGGCAAAAGAGAUGAAGAGAGCAUCUGCUUCCACGUAGGUGGAGUCGAAAUUUGUGGAGAUCCAUCCAUUAGUGGCAAAAGAGACGAACAGAGCAUCUGCUUUCACGUAGGUGGAGUGGAAAUUUGUGGAGAUCCAUCCAUUAGUGGCAAAAGAGACGAACAGAGCAUCUGCUUUCACGUAGGUGGAGUCGAAAUUUGUGGAGAUCCAUCCAUUAGUGGCAAAAGAGAUGAACAGAGCAUCUGCUUUCACGUAGGUGGAGUCGAAAUUUGUGGAGAUCCAUCCAUUAGUGGCAAAAGAGAUGAACAGAGCAUCUGCUUUCACGUAGGUGGAGUCGAAAUUUGUGGAGAGCCAUCCAUUAGUGGCAAAAGAGCCGCAAUGGAUAAAAGAAUACUUCCUUGUUAUUACAUCGAUGGUGUUAGAACCUGCAUAGGAUUCAAAAGAGAGGAAGACCUGAACCUAGCAGAGAUUGUGGCCAACAUCGGAAAAGUUGUCCAUGUCAUUGAUCAAUUUGUUGGUGGAGCCGUUACAAAGAGAGAGGAACAAGAUAUUGGUGGUUGCUUUAAUAUUGGUUGUCAGAGAUUUUGCACAGAGUCUGGCUCACUGACUACUAUUUGCUAAAGAGAGCAACAGGACAAUUUAUCACAUUUAAAAAAUUGAGUAGAUUUAUUUCAUUAAACAAUAAAACUUA